AUGCAUUUGCCAAUAUCUUCAACUGCCGUCGCUGCUGGACUUUCGAGGGGUGGACUCAGUUUGGUUGGGGGUUUGAGAGUUGCAGGACCUGGCCACAGAUUAGUUGGGUUUUCAAGAGUUGCAGGACCUGGCAACUCAGUUGGUGGCCAGAUCCUGGUAUUUGGUGUUUUGUUGGUUUCAGUAGAGUCCACACAGCUUUUCCGAAAUAUGUCGAGAGAGUGCCUAGAAGAUCUGCAAUAUGCGCAUGAAACAGUCCUUCGUGGCCAGUUUGGUUCGAGGGCGUGUAAUCGGGUGAUGGACAGCUGGUCACCGGCAAGAAAAUGGGUCCCUGCCAAACCGUGUUCAUUUGUCCCAGUCGUUCUGAGGCGCAUUCCUCGUGACGACGUGACGCCGUCCCAGCUCGGCGUCACCGCUCAGCACCUUAUGUCAGCCACUCUCUCUGGCCCUCGUCACAAGCGCUCUCUGCGUUUCCUCCUCCGGCCUCGCUCCACCUCGUCACCACGCUUUGGCUGGUGGCUGCCCGUCGUCGUCACAUCGGUUUGGCGUGGGCGCGGGCCACCUGGCUCGCCAUCCCCGCUCGGUCCUCCCGUUUCCUUUCAAACUCAAGCUCACAUCGCUUCCACGUCGGUCCCUGUUUGCCUUACUACUACCCUCACGCCUCUUUUCUUUCGCAUCCAAGCUGUACUCUCCACUUCCUUGCCCGUCCCUAGCUUCAACGCCUCCGCUUUACAAUGUGACCCCUCGCUUCCUGCUCGUUCCUCCACCCUAGUGACCACACACUUGCUUCUUGAUGUUUGGAAGGUCGGAUUUUUGGUAUUGGGAGCGUUUGGAAGGCAUUCCAUUCCAUAA